AUGCUGCUGCGGGGGGGGGGGCACAGCUACCAGACGGCAGAGCAACAGACCCCCCCCCCCGCAAACGCCGCGGUCCCUCUGCGGGCGAAGCAGGCGGGGAGCAGGCGGGGAGGCGGCGGGGGGCCCCGUCCUCGAAGCCGAGACAAAGCAGGGGACCCCCCCCCCGCGCCCGCGCAUCGGAGAGGGAACAGAGCGGCGAGCCUGGACCCCCCCCCGGCCUCACCCCGCCAGACGCGCCGGCAGCGCCCUCGUCUCCCUCCCGGCAGCGGCGCCUCCUGGCUCUUCCGCCUUCCUGCCUGGGCUCCGCAAGGCGGGCGGGCGGGCGGGCGGAGACGCGGAGCCAGGCCAGCCCCGCCGCCGCCGCCGCCGCCUCCUCACGUGCUGCGCGCGCCGCUCUGCGCGGCUCUUGGCCCCCUUCUCCGCCCUUCCUUCCUUCCUUCCUUCGGAUUCUCCUCCCCGACGGCUCCGCCGCUCUCUGCCGCAGGCGCGCCAGGCCCCCCUUCCCACGCCCCUUCUCCCUGCGAGAGACGAGGGCCGGCCGGCGGGGGAAAGCGCCCCGGGGACUCGGCCUGCCGGGCGGCGGGGCCUCGUUCUGCCUCGGAACUCCCUCCGCCAGGAGGGAAGCGGGGACGGGGCCAGCGCCAGCCGCCCCCUCGGGCCGCGGAUCCCGACCCCCGGAAGGACAGCAGAUCUUCCAGCCGGCCGGCGCCCUUUUAG